AUGAAACAUUCUCAUCGUUAUCAAGAAAUUAAAGAAAAAAUUCCUAAUAAUAAGUUUUAUAAUGUGCCUGAGGCCAUAAAUUUUUUGCAAAGUAAUAAUUUUGAAAAAUUAAAAAAUAUCAAAGCUUGCUUUUCUUUAAACCGGUCCAAACGAAAAACCACUACUCCUUUAAAAAGUAAAGUAAUUUUACCUCAUCCUAUUCCUCCAAAAGGAAAAAUAGCGGUGGUUAAAGAUGAUUUGCCAGCGGGAAUAACUAACGACUUGUCUAAAAUUAAAGAAGUAGAAUUAUUGUCGAUUGAAGAAUUGGUAGUUCAUCCUCAAAAUGAAAAGAAAUUCAGAGCACCCGAAAAAUUACCACCUAAACUAUUUGGUUUAAUCGCCAGAAAAGUUUUACUAACUGAAAAUAUACUAGAAACAAUAGACAAUUUCCAGCGAGGCGAACAAGAAAUAAGAACCGACCGAGGUGGUAAUAUUCACGCCGUAAUUGGCAGCAGCGAUCUUAAUCAUCAACAAUUGGAAGAAAAUUACAAAGCAUUGUAUAAAAAAAUAACAGAAUUAAAACCAGUAGGUUGA